AUGGACUCGUAUUGCACAGGUACUACCUUGGCUUAUGGGUGGUAUGAUCUCCCAGCACAGACGAGACUUUCCUAUCCGUCUGGAAUAUGGGCUUCUUUUUUUUGUGGUCUCCUUAUGGUGGCCUCCGGCUUUCUUCCUUCGUGGAGGAAAGGUCUAGAGAUGGACUGCGUUUCUUCGUCUUGCGUCGUUCCCUUAUCGGCGGGGGGCUCCUCCUUCCUGGAGGAACAUAGGGAGGAGUUCCUCCGGGCUGACUACUUCAGCCUUGAAGUAGUCAGCCGUGGCAAGGGGCCAGGAGUAGGGCCCCUUACUGCUCCUGGUAGAAAGGACGAGGGUUUUGGAAGUUACAUGAGCACCCACUUUCUGAUAAUUCUUAGUAAACAUAUGAACAUUACUAUUAUACUAAGUGUUGAGAUGAAAAGCUCUGGAUCAAAACGAUUGGGAUGA